CGCAACUUUAUAAUCUAAGUGAUUUUUAUAAGACAGAAGCAACAUCAUUUCGCCAUGAAGCUGACAUCCGUCAUUGUUAGCCUUGUGCCUGUCGCUUUGGCAUUGCCAGCCUCUGAUGGCACCUUAGGACGACGACAAACCAGUCUCUCGACCAUCACAGAUCAGCUGCUAUUUAGUACAACGCUCCCUGACUUUAUUACUCACCGUAAUGCCAAAAACCCCCCUACACUUGACUGGUCAUCUGAUGGCUGCACCGACUCACCGGAUAAUCCGUUUGGGUUCCCCUUUGUCCCUGCUUGUAACCGACACGAUUUCGGGUACCAGAAUUAUCGACUCCAGAAUCGGUUCACGGAUAGCGGUAAGCUUAAAAUCGACAAUAACUUCAAAUCUGACCUCUACUACCAAUGUCAAUCAUCGAGUGUACAGUCAGUUUGUAAAGCUCUUGCGGAUGUUUAUUAUGCUGCAGUGAGAGCAUUUGGAGGUGGCGACGCCUCGCCCGGGAAGAGAGAAGAAUCACAAGAGGACCUGAUUAAAGAGUAUGAGGAAAAAUUGGACAUUUACAACCAGGCGGUCAAGGAUGCUCAAGCCAAGGGGUUGCUUCCAAUCUUAGACUAAUGCAGUACGAUAUUGAAAAAAAUAAAAAGAGUAAAAUUAUUGCGACCAAUGGUAUUGAAUGUAAUAUAUGUUGGACUUGGACAUACAGCGCCUUUAAAUGCCAACAUUCGAUGGUGGUAUUUGAUGAAGGUAGGAAGUGGAAACAAUCCUAACUUCACCAAGAUUGACGAUGGGCAAUUACUUACGCGUG